ACAUGACUCCCCAUCUCUCCGCAGCUGGGGCAUGGCCGUCAAUGUGUACUCCACCUCGGUGACCAGCGAGAACCUGAGCCGGCAUGACAUGCUGGCCUGGGUCAACGACUCCCUGCAGCUGACCUACACCAAGAUCGAGCAGCUCUGCUCAGGGGCUGCUUACUGCCAGUUCAUGGACAUGCUGUUCCCCGGCUGCGUGCACCUGCGGAAGGUGAAGUUCCAGGCCAAGCUGGAGCACGAGUACAUCCACAACUUCAAGGUGCUGCAAGCAGCCUUCAAGAAGAUGGGAGUGGAUAAGAUCAUCGCAGUGGAGAGGCUGGUGAAGGGCAAGUUCCAGGACAACUUUGAGUUCAUCCAAUGGUUCAAGAAGUUCUUUGAUGCCAACUAUGACGGGAAGGAAUACAACCCUCUGCUGGCGCGGCAGGGCCAGGACGCGGCGCCCGCCCCUAACCCAGGUGAUCACAGCUUCAACAAACCCAAGAAACUCAUUGGCACUGCAGUCCCACAGAGGACCUCCCCCACGGGCCCCAAGAACACGCAGCAGCCGGCACGUCUGGGCAACGUCCCCAGCGGCAUCCUGAGGAAAAACUCACCCGCCACCCGCAAUGGGGGCUCCGAGGCUGACGCACAGAUCCUGGAGCUCAACCAGCAGCUGAUGGACCUGAAGCUGACGGUGGACGGCCUGGAGAAGGAGAGGGAUUUCUACUUCAGCAAACUGCGGGACAUCGAACUCAUCUGCCAGGAGCACGAGAACGAGAACAGCCCCAUCAUCAGCGGCAUCGUCAGCGUGCUCUACGCCACCGAGGAGGGCUUUGCCCCGCCGGAGGACGACGAGCUGGAGGAGCAGCAGACGGAGCAGGACGAGUAUUGAACCCGCCGCGUCCCACCCCACGUCCGACCCCUCCAUAGACAUUGAGGUGUGAUCCCCUGCACCCACCGCCAUCGCAGCAACGUGGGACGGCGCCGCUCUCCACAAUAAACCGAUGUCACCGCACAGCGGAGCGGGGCCGUGCGUCUGCCGGGGGGGGACGCUCCCCCCAGCCCCAUCGUCGCCCCCUUUUUCACCCCAUAUUUAUUGCAGUUCCUCUCCGCCCCACACUGUGCCAUGGCUUUGGAAAUAGGGGGGGAGGGGGGCGAGCUGGGCCCCCACCCUGAGCCGGGGGAACCGAGUGGGGCCGCAGCACUGAGACAGGAGGAGGAUGGAUGGAGGAUGGAUGGAGGGCCCGGUACCGGGGGGGGCAGCGGGACCGGGCGAUGGGAACGGGGAGAGGGGGGGAACCGAGAGCGGCCCGGCCCGGCCCGGCAUUGCCCCUCGCUGCAUCGCUUACAGCGCCGUCACCGCGGUCGCACAGCGCGCAUCUGUGUUCGUUCGGGUUUAUUUAAAUAAACUUCGCGUGGUA